GGUUAAAGAUGGCGGAUGAGAAUGAGACAGCACCGAAGCUGGAGAAAGAAACCGAGGUAGAAGACGACCACGGACAUUGCAGCAAUUGUGAAAAUGAAGAGCAUCACUCUGAUGACGGGGAGAAGGGAGACACAGGUGCCAAGAAGAAAAAAAAGCAAAAGAAAAGGAAUAAGGACAAGUCUGGAGGCAAAGAUGCAGCACAGGAUCCACUGUCCAAAGUAAACUCCCUCCCUGCAGAUAAGUUACAGGAGAUUCAGAAGGCCAUCGAGCUGUUUUCAGUGGGACAGGGUCCAGCUAAAACCAUGGAGGAGGCCACGCGUCGCAGUUACCAGUUCUGGGACACUCAGCCUGUUCCUAAACUUGGAGAGACGGUGACAUCACACGGCUUUAUUGAGCCAGAUAAAGAUCACAUACGAGAGGAGCCCUACAGCCUCCCACAGGGCUUCACCUGGGACGCUCUGGAUCUGGGAAACCCUUCAGUGCUGAAAGAGUUGUACACUCUACUGAAUGAGAACUAUGUUGAGGACGAUGACAACAUGUUUCGUUUUGAUUACUCACCUGAAUUUCUGCUCUGGGCUCUGCGUCCUCCAGGUUGGUUGCCUCAGUGGCAUUGUGGAGUGAGAGUGAACUCCAAUCAAAAGCUAGUUGGUUUCAUCAGUGCCAUUCCAGCCAACAUACGCAUCUACGACAUAGAGAAGAAAAUGGUGGAGAUUAAUUUCUUGUGUGUGCAUAAGAAACUUCGCUCGAAGCGAGUGGCUCCGGUACUUAUCAGGGAGAUCACCAGACGGGUGAACCUGGAGGGCAUCUUUCAGGCUGUGUACACUGCAGGCGUGGUACUGCCUAAACCCGUGGGCACCUGCAGGUACUGGCACAGGUCACUGAACCCUCGAAAGCUGAUUGAGGUGAAGUUUUCUCACCUGAGUCGAAACAUGACUAUGCAACGCACCAUGAAGCUCUACCGACUGCCAGAGGCUCCUAAGACUCCAGGUCUGAGGCAGAUGACUGUGAAGGAUGUCCCAGCGGUUCACCGACUGCUGAAAGAGUAUCUCAGUCAGUUCAACCUGGUCCCUGUCAUGAGCCCAGAAGAAGUUCAACACUGGCUGCUGCCCCAGGAGAACAUCAUUGACACUUUUGUGGUGGAGAGUCCUGAGGGGAAGGUGACUGAUUUACUGAGUUUCUACACGCUGCCGUCCACCAUCAUGAACCAUCCUGUGCACCGCAGUCUGAAAGCAGCGUACUCUUUUUAUAACGUACACACCACCACCACCCUGCUGGACCUGAUGGGAGAUGCUCUCAUCCUCGCCAAGACGAAAGGAUUUGAUGUCUUUAAUGCACUGGACCUAAUGGAGAAUAAGACAUUUCUGGAGAAGCUCAAGUUUGGCAUUGGAGAUGGAAACCUGCAGUAUUACCUCUAUAAUUGGAAAUGUCCCAGCAUGGGCUCAGAAAAGGUGGGUUUGGUACUGCAGUGACCCAUUUCCACCAUCCGUAACCUCUAUCUCGCAUGACAGCGAGGCCAAGUUAUGACAUCACGCACUGACCACCUGACAGAUGCUACCAAUGGACUUCCUGCUUGAGGAAGAAGAAUUCACCGCCCAUUUUUACAUUUGAACUAUGACCUUUUGGACCUGCACUACUGCUGCCAAGCUGAGAGAGGAUGUUUUCUUCUCUUUCCUCUCUCAUUUCUCUCUUUCCCUCAGUCUUUUUCUUAUUCUCUCUCUGCGCAUGGACUUAAAGCCAUUGUAUUUACCAUCAAGAGAGAUGAGGAAUCGUAAUCUGUUAUGAUUAUUAAUAAUUGUGAGUGCACACACACUCAUAUAUAACUACCAGAUAUACUCCCAGAACCCUAAUGCAUAAGUGUCGUGUUACUCACAUUCUUAGAUUCAACUUUAUUCAGUAUAACAUGAGUUUACCCUCCAUGUCCAGUGGGAGGCACUUUUGCGAAAAAAUAGGAUGAAAUUAUUCAUUCUCCUCAGUGUUUUAGAAAUGAUCGAGAGAAAAAAACAAAACAAAAACAACCAAGGACACAUGAAAAUUCCUUGAGAAAAAUGGCAAAAUCAAAUGAGAUAAUAAAAAUCCAAAGUUGACAUGAAAAAGGGCUGUCUCAUCUUAACCUCUUUUAAAUGCAAUGGAAACAGUGUCUCCUUUUGACAAACUGUGACCAACUGAAGGGUGCGGUACACAGUGAGAGAGAGCUUUUUUGUCUUGGUUUUGCUUUGUCAUUGCUUUUAAUUUGUCCUCUUUAAACAGUACAUUGCUUAUUGGUCUCUAACUGCCUGUGAUCCGUUUUACUGUAAUGCCAACAGACAAGCACCUAUGUAAAUAAACAUGGAAAUAUAAAAGAUAAACCAUAUGAAUUCUACAACUGACUGUGAUUGAAUCUACAUUGUACACCUGGCAGAUUGGUGUUUGGAGGUCUUCAUAAAUGAGCAAUAAUAAUGACGUUUUGGAGGGGAGGGUGGGAGGGAAGGUGUUGUGAACUUAAAGGAUUAGUUCACCUUUAAAAAAAAAAAAAAAGUCAUUAAUUGCUCACUUUCAUGACAUUCCAAACCCAAGUGACUGACUGACUGACUGACUUCCAUGGAACAAAAAAAGGAGAAAUUCUGAAGAAUGUUGAUGUUGCACUUUCCCAUACAAUGAAAGUGAAUGGUGACUGAGGCUAACAUUCUGCCUAACACCUGCUUUUGUGUUCCACGGAAGAAAGUCGCAUGGGUUUGGAACAACAUGAGUGUGUGAAAAUAAAGACAGAAUUUUCAUUUUUGGCUGAACUACCUCUUUAAAUGUGGCGUUAAGAAUGAAAAGUUGUGAUUUGUGUCUUGGAGGAUAGAUUAUGCCUGCUCAUAAAAUUUUACAGCUCUAGAAAGGCAAAUAUCCUUAUAGUAUUAGAAAGCAUAUAACCUAACUCUUAUUUAUGAGAUGAUGUAAUCUGUCCAAUAAGUUGACAUCACAACAGUGCUUUGGAACGAAUGCUUAAUUGUAGAUUGCAGAUGAACUUACUGAAGUGUUAAAGAUUUAUGAGUAAGUGGCAGUAUCUACUCAAAGUUGUGGUUUUCUGAAACAUAGCAUUGGGGCAAAGAAAAGGGGUAAUUCAAUGGGUAAAUACAAUGGAAUCAACUGAAAACGGAUCUUUCCAUUUUUAGAAUGGAGUGAAAGAUGUCAAUGUGUGUGUGUGUAUGUGUGUGUUUUUUAUUUUUUUUGUUGUUUUUUUUUUUUGUGGUAAAUAAAAAGUAGCAGCUGCUUUGACAGUU